UAUUACAACGUCGUCGAAGGGAAAGGGGUUGGUGACGCUCUCAACCAUGGCUCCUUGUCCCGGCGCCGCCAACCUCUGCUGCCUCUUCAUCCAAGACGAACCCUCCCCGCCUGAGACCCUGGGCGUCCUCGCAUUCGACGCCGCCAAAACCAUGUGCCGCCUCCUCUCCCUCUACCACUCCCUCACCCCCCACGAAAUCGUCCACCUCCGCCGCAACAUCAUACGGUCCAAAUCCGUUUCCUAUCUCAACUCCCGCGACGAAUGCUUCCUCCUCACCCUCGCCUGCGCCGAGCGCCUCGAGGACCUCAACCUCGCCGCCGCCACCGUCUCCCGCCUCGCCGCCCGAUGCUCCGACCAAAACCUUGCCUGCUUCGAAGCCCUAGACGCCCGCAAGCUGGAGUUCGGAACCCGCGAAGUCGAGAAGAAGAUCGAGAGCAUGGAGAAGCUCGUGUUCGCAACCAGGAGCCUCCACAAGGCCAUGGAGAGCCUCACGGAAAUGGAAGCGUCGGAGAAAAAAAUGCAACGGUGGCGAAACAUUAGGGCGAACAACGGCCUCAAGGUCAAGGUGGAAUGCUUCAAUGACAGAAUCAUGUUUUAUCGGAGACAGAUUAUGUAUUUCAAACAAGUCUCCCUUUGGGGCCAGACAUUCGACAAGGUUGUCGGACUCAUGGCGAGGAUUGUUUGCAUUGUCUACAAUAGAAUAUGCACCGUUUUCAGAAUCUUCAUCACGGGUAAUGUCGCCAGAAAUAUCAACCAGAAGAGGAGGAAUAAUAACCGCCCCAGGGUUGCUAGGUCGCCGGAGAAUUGUUGUUGCCGCGUUGAACAUCGCGAGUUGUAUAGGUUGAACCUCUUUUUAUUCGAGCAAACCGAGGAGCAGUUGUUCAUUCGGAAGCGCGUGUGGGGUUGUUGUCACGUGCAGAAGACCACUCCCACCGGGGUUUUCCGGUACCACCAAACGCCUCCCCAGGGAGGCGCAGAGGCAGCGCGGAACAAUCGCGUGAUGCGGCUGGCGCCGACGACGACGGUGGGCGGGGCGGGGCUCUCGCUGCGGUACGCGAACGUGAUUAUGUUGGCGGAACGGUGCAUGAACGCGCCUGAUGCUACGAUUGGGGACGACGCGCGCGCUGCGUUGUAUGAGAUGUUGCCUGGGAGGUUGGAGCUGAAGUUGAGGCAGAAAUUGAGAGAGGAGUGGUUGGAAUGGAGGAAACUGAAGGGUGACGGAGAUGGGCUGUCGGCGGCGGUUAGACGGUGGCACGACGAGGUGGCGGAGGUUAUGGAGUGGUUGGUUCCGGUGGCUCAUGACAUGGUGAGGUGGCAGACGGAGAGGAACAUGGAGAAGCAAAAGUUUGAGACGCGGCCAACGGUGUUGUUGUUGCAGACUUUGCACUAUUCGGAUUUGGAGAAGGUGGAGGAGGCCAUUGUGAAGGUGUUGGUCGGGUUGAGUUAUAUGUAUUGGUGCAGAAAAUCAUGAUGCCUUUUGUGUUUUUCAUAUUUCAAAUUUCAUCUUAUUCUUUAUU